GGCCUCUCUGUUAGUUCCUGUUUACUUUAGACAGGAGUGGCUGAGUCUACGGUUAACCUUGACAUAGAGAGAGAGGGAGAGAGAGAGGGAGAGAGAGAGGGAGAGAAAGGGGCGCAGCACGAACAGGUAUGUUGCACCUCAGCACACCUGAGAUGUGAGAGCCACUUUGCUGCUGGCUGCCGGACCCAAGGCUGCUUGUUUUGCCACGGAGACCUGCCUCACUGUCAGGACCUCGUCUCAUCCCUUCUUCAUGUUGGUCUUUUCCCAUAACGGCUGAACUUGCUACUCGCUGAGAGACGAAGUUCAGGAGUCCAAGAGAGCAGGUAUGUUUGUAAUGGCACUGGGUGGGGGUGGGGGGUGAAGGCAGAGGGAAACUUGAACGGCUCGCUGGGACAUUGCGCCUCCACAAAUGUUUAAUUGAUUGCCGCAACAGAUGGAAAACCAGUGUAUUGCAGUGGACGGGGUGCCGAGUCUUGAUCUGGGAGGCACAGGUUUCUCAUCAUUGCUAGCUCCUCAACUUCACUGGGUGGUAUUGGACAAUACAGUUUUUUCCAGCCUAAUCUACUAUGCAGGGUUGUUGUAAAGAAAACCUGAGAUAAGGACAACAUAACACCUGUAUCUUGCCUUUGAGAUAAGAUGAGGAAACAAAAUAUAUGACAAAAAUGUACACACACAAACAUGCAACAUUAAACACUACUCAUCACCGUGUACAUAAUUUAAACAUAAAAGCGAAUCGCCUAUGAUUUAAUUAAUUUCACAUCUUAGAAACACAUCUUACCAUUUCCAUCUUUCUAAAAGUUCAUCUGCACACUGGCCAUUGACUCCUUUCCCCAUGCUGCUUUUAUAUACUAAUUUCACAAUAACACAGUGUUUAUCCCUGUUCCUUUAAACUCUUUAAAAAAUUUUUAAAAUCACUCACAAUAGCUUUCAGAAGAGAAACUGACAAUUUAAUAAUCUACCAUGCAAGGUUGUUGUGAGGGUGGGACCUUUAAGGUGCGUUUGAGAUAAAAUGGGAAAACAAAAAUCAACUACGUAAUGGCCUUUUGAAUAUAUUCCACAUCAGCAAACCCGGAUUAACCCCUGAAGGUAUACUUGAUAGGAAGGUACUGUACAGCCAAUCCUGACUCCUUAUUAUUUAUAUCAGAUGUGCUGGCAUACACAAUUCCCCUCCCCACUUGUACUUACUCUAUGCUUUGCAGUAUAUUUAUAUUAGGUAUACACCUUUAAAAUGUGAAGAGGUAAAUGGCCCCAAGAUCCUUCCCAUGCAGUGGUUUUUUUUGGGGGGGGGGUUGCACAUUAAAAGCACAGUUGCUGCCCAUAUGAUUUGUGAUAGAAAUAGCACAUUUCUUCACCAUUCAAAGUGCACUCUUUACUGGGGGAAAUGCAAUUUCCCCUACAGCUCAUGCAUCCCUUGGUUCUACAACAAUUGUGUGAGUCCUGCAGGGUCCAAUAGGAUGUUGUUACCUGUGACACUAGUGGCAAUGAGCACUUCAGCUGCUUCUCCCCUGUCCCAAAUGCCUGUACUAAUUUGUGAAUGUUUUUAGAAAAACACUGGCUGGAUCUAGACACAUGAAAGAAGCAUUGCAGUUAAAUGCGUUGCAAACUUUGUAUGAGAAAUCGGGUUAGCAAAAACGGGACUCCACAGCGCAAUCUGGUGUCACAGUGUUAGAAUGCCUAACAACACGUAUAAAGCACUUUUUCUUUGCCAAUGUAGCUGAGUCUACCGUUUCAUGUGGGGGGGGGGUUUAAUGUAUGCAAUGCUUUUAAAGUUGAAUACUCUCAUCUCUUAUAAGUCCUUGGCACAGUAGUAUACAAGCAAAAGGAAAGCUGGCGUUUCUUAUGCCUGCAGGUUUUUAUUUUAUUUUAUAACAAUAUUGUCCAUAUCAAAACACCCCUCCCUCGUUUUAAUCCAGAGUUACUGUUUCAAUGAGAUUUUUUAAUGUACUGGGUUUUCCACAGAAAUCAUAAGGUUUUCUCUCCCCUCCUGUCAUUAUAUCUUCACAACAACCCUGCAAAGUAGCUUAGGCAGAGACAUUGUGACAGGCCUAAGAUCAUCCAGUGAGCUUCAUGGCUGAAUGAGAAUUUGAAGCCUGGUCUCUCCAGGCCCUAGUCCAAGCACUCUAACCACUGCACCAUGUUGGCUCUCAUUGAUGAGGUUGGCAUUUUGAUGCAGGUGACACAGUGAAAGACGUAGGCGCCUGUGCCGCACCAAGCCCACAAUAAACCAACACGCGGAAAUACCCAAAGGGCAGUUCCAAGGCUGUCUAACUGUCAAACCUCUCCUUACCAAAGAAUCGUAGGAACUGUAUUUUUGCAAGAAAUACUAGGGCUUAUAAACAGCAAAUUCAUGCCAUAUGGCAUGCAUAAAACUACAAUUUGCAUACUACAGGGAAGGCGAAGGCAGCUAUGCUGCUAAACCCAUUUCAAACAAGUUUUGAGCCACUUUGAAAUUUGUAAUGUAAAUCUGCCCAAAGGCAGGUGGUGUGUGCAAAAGAAGGACCCCUCCCACCCACUCCUAUUCAGCAAGCCAUUUCUGGGAGAACUGGGAGGGUGGUGGAGGGGGUGCUUGACUCUCCAGCCCAGCCUUCUCCAGCCUGAUGGCUUCUAUAUGUUGUUUGACUCCAAAUCCCAGAAGCCCCAUUCAGCAUGGCCAAGGAUGAUGGGAGCUUUAGUCCAGCAACUUCUGGAGGGUAUCUGGUUGAAAAAACCUGUGCUAGCCCCUUUCUCCUCUUCAGAGGGACCUGUCAGUAAACAGAGUUGCUCACCAGAGAUUGUCCACAUCAGAGCAAAAUGUGGAUUUGCACCCCAUUAAUUUAGAGGUAUCCACAUUAUGUCCUCCCCAUUCCUGCAUUGCCCUGCGCCUCGCUCCCUUUAAAUGUGGGGUUUUUCAAUCUUUGGAAAGUCCAAAAAGGCCAGGAUCGAAAAACCCCACAUUUACAGGCGGAAAGGUUAGGGACAGCUCUUUGAUGGGGAGGAAGCCAUUUUCCAAUGUGGACAAGCCAUAAGCUCUUCAGGCACACCUGCAUGGGAAAGUCUAUGGUUGGUGUUUCAACAGGGAAGCAUUUCCCAGAUUACCUCAGAUAUAGCUGCAGAAGACCUUAUGCCAACGUGACUUAGUGGAACGUGUGGACAUUGUUGGGACUUACUUUGAGAAAGUAGGAAGAGCAUAACUUUUCCAGCAUAGCGGAUCAGUGUGCGUUUACAUGUGUGAAGAGCAUCAUGGGCUGACGAGAGUGCCUGCGGUGGUAACAGAGGUCAGAGAUGCCACAAAAAUGGCACACCCAUUAGAACUGUCUCCCUUCAAGAGCUCUGUCUGCUUUCAAGGUAGAGUGAGGUAGUAGCAGCCAUAUUAGAAAGCAUUGGGUACUCCUAGAGGGAUUGUUCAGGAGCACUGGCGGAGGAAGAGGAAUGUGGGGGGAGUGCACCAACCCCGGCAGUGCAAUUCCGGUGGGGUGCCAUCGCGGCUGCCCCCCUGGCCUGCCUUAGUACCUUUUCGGGGUACGAAUAAAUAAUAACAUUAAUAAUUUCAAGCAAACAAUGGUCGGUCACUCACUCCUGCAGAUGCUUUAAAUACUGGGUGUUUGGACUCACACCCUCUGACAUGCCUGGGGGAAAACUGGGGUGCAAGUCUUUUGGGGCUGUGCUCCCAGGCGAGUCCCGUGUCUUGCAUGAGAGCAUGGCAUCCACAUGUCUUUCAUGUGGCUGUGUUCUGAAAGCACAUGUCUUUCAGGGCUGUGUUCUUGCACAAGCCAAAAUGGGAUAUCCUAGGAGCCAAUUAGGAGCCAAUUAGAAGCCGGGAUGGCUUCUGUAAUUUCCCGAGAUGUCUCGGGAGAGUUGAGGAGUGUGCAUCACUGUCUUUCAACUUUCUAGAUUCAGAAACGUUCUAGAACCACUUCCGUAUGAAUAUGUCUACUGAGAAAGAGCUGCAUGGAAACAUGUGCCACAGAGAAUUCUGGGAGGUGUUCUAUGUCUAAGGAUGUUUCCAGAUUGUCACUGUUUUUUGAAUGGGAUUCAAUCACGUACUGGUAAACUCAGGUUGUGCAGUUGAUUUGGAGGUUUUGCGCAACAAACCUCCUUGUGUUGGUGCAAUGUCAUCUAAACUUAUCACAAACAAAUCAGAAUGAAUGCUCAUCAAGUAGCCACUGCUGUCAAAUCUCUCUGCAAACAAAUCACGAUGAAUACUCAGUAAACAGAUCAUCUGGAAGUGCCCUCAGUUCAAGCAGAGUGCUUGUCAGGGUUACUGGGUCCCACCAUUGUUUCACACAAAUUGAGACUGCACCCUAGAAUAGGGGGUUCCCAAAGUGUAGCUCACAGUCCACCAUAAUUCUACAGCAUCUAGCACAGCACCUUAUAAUUACUAAACAACAGACAGAAAAAUCAUUAAAUGGUUCACCAGCACCCUCAACCAUUUUCUCAAGGCCCAGAGCAUUGGGGAGAUUGUUGAACCACUGCGUUAGAAUAACUCCAUACUCCCAGUUAUCUAUGCUUUGCUGGGGAAAUGUAACAACGAAGGGAAAGCUGUAUUUCAGAUACUGAUCAGUUCAGUAUUUCAAUUUUCACAUCAGUUUGCAAACUUAAUAACAAUAAUUCAUCAGUACUUCAAUGCAAAUAGCUCUUAAUACAUUGUACACACAUUUUUAUUUGCAUUUUUGUCUAUUACAGUAUACCCAUUUGUGAAAAGCAUUUUGUGUAUUAUUUUCAUGAAUAUGUGCAUUUAUAUGACACUUUACCCUAGUGUGUACAUUUUUGUAUAUGAAACUUGUCUAGAGAACUGCACUGCAAAAUUCUGAGAGGUACGAUUUUUGAAAGAUGGCUGUGUUUUGAUUUAUGUAUUGGUUUGGAAGGUGCAAAUUAGGUAAAAUUGCCUUUAAAUGUGAGCCAAAUAGAAUUUCUCCCCCGUGCCUACACACACAGACAUUAUAUAUGUGUGUGUGUGAGUGUAUCUAAGCCCUCAUAUAUUACCCAACCCUCUCUGAAGUGCUCAGAACAGGUUACAUUCUACCCUUGAGCUCAUUUUGUUCUCAUAGCAACAAGGUUAGGUUUGGGGGCUGACUCAAGGUUGGGUCUAUUAUUAGGCAAAGUGAGGUGGCUACCUCAGGCAGCUGGUUUUAGAUGCAUUGAAAAGGCAGGAAAAUGUUAGCUAUUUCAUUUAUUAUUAUACUGCCAGUAAGGGGGAGAGGCACCUGUGAAAUUUUCUGCCUGGUCUAGUCGCCAGCGUGGAGUACCAUCACCUCUCUUUUUUUUUUUGCAGCCAUUUUGUGCUGGCACCCACAGCACCUUUAUCAGCAUAUGAGAAGCAGCAGCUCCUUUUUAUUUAUUUACCAAGAUGUUUAUGUAGAUGGGGAGAGAAGCAGAGGCACCUUUUGUAACUCUGCGCCAGACAACAGAGGUCACAUCCACACCAUAUAUUUAAAGCACAUGGCUUCCCUGAAAGGCUCCUGGGAGCUGUAAUUUGUUAAGUGUGCUAGGAGCUGCAACACUGUGAGGGGUAAAUGACAGUUCCCAGGAUACUUUGUAGGAAGCCAUAUACUUUAAACGUUUUAUAUAUUGUGUGGAUAUGACCAUGUACUGUGUCUUCUUGGGGCAACCCAGGCAGCUGUGUAGGAUAGUGUUUGUGGUUCAUAACUCACAACUAGACCAUAACAGAGUCUAGAGUGGGUUAAGGUAAAGGUACAGGGACCCCUGACCAUUAGGUCCAGUCAUGACCGACUCUGAGGUUGCAGCGCUCAUCUUGCUUUAUUGGCUGAGGGAGCUGGCCAGCAUGACUAAGCCGCUUCUGGCGAACCAGAGCAGCGCACGGAAACGCCGUUUACCUUCCCGCCGGAUCGGUACCUAUUUAUCUACUUGCACUUUGACGUGCUUUCAAACUCCUAGGUUGGUAGGAGCAGGGACCGAGCAAUGGGAGCUCACCCCGUCGCGGGGAUUCGAACCGCCGACCUUCUGAUCAGCAAGUCCUAGGCUCUGUGGUUUAGACCACAGCGCCACCCGCAUCCCUUCUAGAGUGGGUUACCACUGUGUUAAACCAUUUUCUCUUUCUUUCUUUCUUUCAUUCUUUUUUUCUUUCUUUAUAAGGAAAUAGAUGGCAAGAGAAAAACAGAGUGAGAGAAGAUGGGGAGGUGGGUCACAAGGAUUAGGACAUUACAGUAAAGGUCAAACCUCGAUUUGGACAGGCAGAAGACGAGUUAGAGCACAUGCCUUGUGUCCUAGGUCCAAUGCACAACAUCUCUCUCUCUCUUUUUUAAAGGAACAGGUUAACAGGUGAUGAGGAAGACCUCUACCUGAGGCUCAGGCAAGCUUGUGACUGUAGCUAAUAUUGCGAUAAAUGGACAAACCUGGUAAAAGGUAGCUUCCUAUCUACCUAUGGCAAUGACGCUUUGUGUGGUUGUGCAGCUUAAGUCACAUAGUAGUUGCAGUCCUAGCACAAGAGUGUGGGACUUGCAGUCUUCCAGAUGUUGUUGAACUUCAACUCAUCAGACCCGGCCAACAACAUCUGGAGAGCUACAUGUUCCCCACCCCUGGCACUGCUCAUCCUUUGUUCCUGCCCAGGGAGGCCCUGCCCCUCAGAGCCAGUGUGUCACACGGGGCUGGGCCUCAGCGGCUGCAGCCUAUCCUCCUCUUUGCCCGGUCCCCAGCAGCCGCUAUGAGCUGCCCAAUGGAGGAGGCUAGCUGUGGCAGCCAUGGAUAGGCCAUGGAUAGGCAACUCCCCUCGCAGCUGCUGAAGCCACAGCCACCAUUGCUCGGGAUAAGCACCAGUUCAUCCCCCUCCCCUAGUUCGGCAACGGCAGAACUGGCGGAGGAAAUAAGGACAUUCUGGGAUCAAUUCAGAAGCCAGGAUGGCUUUCAUUAUUCUGGGACUGUCCCUGGAAAAUCGGGACAAUUGGAGGGUAUGAGACUGAGCAGGCACACAGCUGUCCCUUAGUCUUCACCAUGGCAAGAUGUACAGUGGUACCUCAGGUUACAUACGCUUCAGGUUACAUAUGCUUCAGGUUACAUACUCUGCUAACCCAGAAAUAGUGCUUCAGGUUGAGAACAGAAAUCGGCUCCGGCGGUGCGGCAGCAGCAGGAGGCCCCAUUAGCUAAGGUGGUGCUUCAGGUUAAGAAUAGUUUCAGGUUAAGUACGGACCUCCGGAACGAAUUAAGUACUUAACCCGAGGUACCACUGUACUGUAUUUCCAGUCAAACUACAGUUAUUCUUUCUAAAUUUGCACCUAUGGAUAUAAAUUAGCACAAUGUAAAUUGCAUGCAGCUGUGUGCUUUUUUUUAUUUAAGUAAUGGGUUUCCUCCUUUUUAGCAAUGUGUAAGUGCCCAUUCUGCUGAGAUGCAGGUGGCACUGUGGUCUAAACCACUGAGCCUAGGGCUUGCCAAUCAGAAGGUCGGCAGUUCGAAUCCCCACGACGGGGUGAGCUCCCGUUGUUCGGUCCCUGCUCUUGCCCACCUAGCAGUUCGACAGCACAUUAAAGUGCAAGUAGAUAAAUAGAUACCACUCUGGCGGGAAGGUAAACAGUGUUUCCGUGCGCUGCUCUGGUUUGCCAGAAACGGCUUAGUCAUGCUGGCCACAUGACCCGGAAGCUGUCUGUGGACAAACGCCUGCUCCUUCGGCCUAUAGAGCAAGAUGAGCACGCAACCCCAGUCAUCCACGACUGGACCUAAUGGUCAGGGGUACCUUUACCUUUAAGUGCCCAUUCUCCUGAGCUCACAGGCCACGGCUCUUGCUGUUAGUGCCUAAGGCUUCGAGGCUUCAGGAUAACUAUUUGCCUUGUGUAAUCUGUUACUAGAAAUUGAGAUUUUUUUCUGGGGUGGGGAAAAAAAAACAAGAUUUGGAAUUCUAAGGAAUUAAUCCCUGGCCAGCCUCAGGGGAAAGAACCAGCCCAAGCCACAAAAACCUGAGGCUCCUGCAGAUGACCUGUUUUUUGAACAUUCAUCCUGAUUUCUCUGCAUAAAGCUUGCCUGGGGGUUAAGCUACAUGCAGCCUUUACUGAGCAUUUGUUCUGAUUUGUUUAUGGGGUGGUUAUAAAACAAAGAACAAUUCACAUUCAUCCUAUUUGCCUGCGGGGUGUUUAUACAUAUUCCUGUCAAUUGCUCAUUCAUUUCAAGCUUUUCCUUGCAUUUCUCUGUCACUUUCCUAGAAGUGUGUUUCUUUUUUCCCCCCUGUGGGUUUGUUGUACUAGUGCAACAGAGUAUUUUAAUCCACUUCAGUUGUGCAAACUUACAUUUUUUUCAGCACACGCUUGAAUCUUGCAGGCAAAAUGGCUGGCAGUCUGGAGGCACCUCCUGGUAAUAAUAGAUCUGCUUUCCCCCCACAUUCAAGGGUGUCGAUUCCUGGCCACCAUGGCGGAAAACAAUUAUAGCUGGUGGAAGCUGACUUUUCUCCGGAAAAAAAAAUCCACCCCCAAAGUAUUGUAUGAAAGCCCAGAUAUCUACGAUGUCACCAACAAUGAGAACCAACAGGAGGGUACGCUUGCCGAUGGGGGAAACAGCGGGAGCAGCGAGCGCGAGUUCAACGCCCGGCUAGAGAAGAUUGUGGACAAGAGCACCAAAGGGAAACACGUCAAAGUCUCUCAUUCAGGGCGCUUCAAGGAAAAGAAGAAAGUAAGGGCCACGUUGUCAGAAAACCCCAAUUUUUUUGCUGACAGCGAACGGGACGAGAAAUAAGGAGGUGGAUGAAAGAGAGAUGCUCUCUUCACACGCCCUCAUUUGAGGGUGUUUCUCUGGUCUGAGAGAAGCGUACGACACCUGCAUUUCAACCCAUUUGCAAAUGAAGUUUAACGAGGGACCAGCUGGGCUUUCGAGAUUGGGUCCUGAUUUUCACUUGAAAAGAAAAGUUUCAAAAGAAGAUGAACUUUAUUAAUGUUACUAGUCUUUUUUUUUAAUUUAAGGAAUAAAGCUAAUAGUAUUUAAAAUGCAAGACAGGAGAAGCCAGAGGCACAGCAGAGAAUGUGUGGUGCAAGGAACAUAUUCAGAAUUGCUUAAACCAGUUACCCCUGGAUACCAUUAGGAACCCUAUCAUCCCAGUGGUGCUAUCAGGGCAGGACUAGGGCUAAGGUUCAGGGCUCCAGUCGGCAAAAUUACACACACACACACACACACACACACACACACACACACUCAGUAGGGCUAGCUUACCAUAUUUUGAAGUUAAGAGAAUACAUAUUUACUACCUAUGGAGGAGAAGUACCAUUAAACCAUAGAGUCUAGUUUCAAAAAUUACCAUAGUGUACCACCAUGUGACCCUCAUAAUUGGGGUGCAAGUCAAGCCAACAUGUUUGCCACCCAAGAUUAGCAUCAGCACAUGGCAUCCUCAAGCAACAGCUGGGACUUCAGCACUCCAGCUGUGCCAACCAGCGCUGAUGGCCACCUCAGCCACUGUUUCCUUGGAGGUAGGUUUAUCCGGUUGCAGUGGCUCAGUCUGAGAAGCUGCCCACCACUGAAAAUCUCCCACAAUGCCCCAGAACACUCAGUGUAGCAGAACGUGGGAGGGGGGAAUCACCAAUUUUCUUGGCCAGUAGACACAUUUGGAAUUUUGAGGAAGUGUCAUGGAGACAAGUCACAAAACUGGUGCUAUGAGCUAUGAGAGCAUGGCAUGCCCUCCAACAUUUCUCCAAUGAAAAUACGGACGUCCCAUUCCAUAAUGAUAAUUUUGCUAUUUAUACCCCACACAUCUUACUGGGUUGACCUAGCCACUAUGGGCAGCUUCCAACAUACAGUGGUACCUCGGUUUACGAACUUAAUCCGUUCCUGAAGUCUGUUCUUAAACCAAAUCUGUUCUUAAACUGCUUUCCCUAAUGAUGCCUCUUGCAGCUGGUGCCCUUCCACUGUUUGGCUUCUGUUCGUAGACCUAGGUAAAGUUCGCAAACCGGAAUGCUACUUCCGGUUUUGCGGAGUUCGUACACCAAAUAGUUUGUAAACAGGACUGUUCUUAAACUGAGGUACCACUGUAUAUAAAAAACAUACCGUAUUUUUUGCACCAUAACACUCACUUUUUUCCUCCUAGAAAGUAAGGGGAAAUGCCUGUGCGUGUUAUGGAGGAAAUGCCUACGGGUGGCAUGCCUACGGAUUUUCCUCGUCUAAAAACUACGUGCGUAUUAUGGUCGGGUGCAUGUUAUAGAGCGAAAAAUACGGUAAUAAAACAUUAAAUAAACUUCCCUUUACAGGAUUGCCUUUGAACGGCUCAGGGGUCAGAUAACUCCACUGCUUUUUUUCUGGGGGUAUGCAGGGGUACACAUACCCCUAAACAUUUUGUAAAUCUAAGUUUUGCCUCAUUUAGGGGCAGUAUUUCAAUAUGAGUAGGAAAAUGAGAGUACCCCUAAACAUUUUAUUUUUUUUAGAAAAAAAGCACUAGAUAACUCCAUACCCUCCAGCAUUUCUCCAAUGAAAAUAGGGACAUUCUAAGGAAAAGUGGGACAUUCCAGAAUAAAAUCAGAAACCAGGGCGGCUUCUCGAAAUCAGGGACGUCCCUGAAAACUAGGGACACUUGGAGGGCCUGGCAUGGCAUAACACAAAAUGGCUGCUGUGGGGGCAUGGCAUAACAAAAUGGCUACCACAUCUAAACGAAAGAGAUAGGAACACAAAAUAGUGUCGGUGUGUCACCACAUCAACUCCCCCUCCCAAAUCAAAGAGGGAAAGGGAAUGUGCAAUUAAUGCAGGAGAGAACAAGCAAGUGCAAGCAGGAACAGAGUUGCAAGGGCAGUCUUUUUUGCAUUGUGGAUAUGGGGGGUGGGAUCAAAAAUUACUAAGACCUUUCACCGGCACCAUGGAAGGUACUGGUGGCCACACCAGAACCUCCAAGCAUUGUGGGAAAUUUAAAUGGUAGGUGGGUUCCCAGGUUAACCUACUGGUACAAUGUAAUUUCAUUACUGAGGGGUGAGGAGGUACCUUGCUCAGGGGCUGCUCAGCAAUGAAACCAGCCUUGUGGUCAUCUCUUGAGUGCGGUGUGCCCUGCUAAAGCUGGAGAUUCUAAUCUGUCCUUGUAUGGUGCCAGCCUCCACAAUUGUGACCCACCAAGCUCAACAGACCCACAGGCAUGCAUUCUGGCGUGUCGGGCAUGUGAUUAACAUCCCACUACGCCUAUUUUGCAGCCAGGGGAAUGCUGCAAAAACAGGUUUAUCGAGGACCACCAGAUAAGGCUGGAGGGCUGUGUAUUCAGUGAUGGGCCACAAUUUGUGCAGGUUUGAUCCAAUGGAUAUUCUGGAGUCAGCAAUCAAUGAUGAUGAUGAUAAUAAUAAUAAUAAUAAUAAUAAUAAUAAUAAUAAUAAUAGAAACUGUGGACAUGCCCUUGCUCAGAAGCCUUAACAUUCCUCCAAGGGAUGAAAUAUCCAGCUACAAUGCGUCACAUAAGCCCUACAUGAAACCUUUCCCUUUUCCAUCUCCUCGGACUGCAAAAUGGGCAUUUCUCUCACCAUCAUCUGUGACUUUAUGUUUUUCCUCCCUCCACUGUGCAGCAUUAGGGAUGUUUAUAAAGAAAAGCGUGCUUUAGCAUGGAGUUGCAACCCUAGUAACAUGCAUUUUGUUUUAUAACUGAUCUAUGCGGGGAUCAAAAGGUCAUUUCUCUCCAGCUCAAACUGAACAGUAAACCUCAUGGCAGGGGUGGGGAUCCCUCAGGCUUGGGUGCAAAAUGUCGCCCUCCGGGCCUCUUUAUCUCACAUUUUGAACUCUCCCCAAGUCACACCCCUCUCUGCCCUGGUGACACCCAGCACACCAGCCCUGCUCCACACCCUCUCUGAGUGCCUUUGCCUGACUGGAACGUAUCUCCGAACUCUAAUAACACCUCUUGCUUGUCUUGAAGAAGGAAGAGGAAAUGUUUGUGUAUAUGUGAGUGGAAACCUCUGAUCUUUGUGUUGCUGGAAUGCAACCACCCACUUUUGCCUAUGGCCCCACCCAUCACUGAUGUGUGGCCACCCACAAGGUUCUCCUAGCAGCGGUUCUCAACCUGUGGGUCCCCAGAUGUUGUUGGACUACAACUCCCCUCAUCCCUGAGCUCUGGCCUUGCUAGCUAGGGGUGAUGGGAGUUGUAGUUCAACAACAUCUGGGGACCCACAGGUUGAGAAAGGCUGUAAGAGGGGAUGUGUCCCUCAGGGUGAAGUAAGUUCCUUAUCCCUGCCCUAGAGACCUUCCUUCUAACAGUGUGGAAUGUCUCACUAGCUUGAGUCGUCAGAAGCCGUUUUUCUUAUUUUCUUAUUUGUCCACCUGCUUUAUAUACCAUAUUUUGGGGCGCAACUGCUUCUUCAAGGCAGGGUACAAAAUUUCAAAAAGUGCAUUAAUGAUAAAAAAAAUAUUAAUGUCCAAUUAAAAUGACACACUCCUUAAAAUUGAAUAGGAGGUGAAAACGUCAACGGCGAUCAAUAAAAAAAUGAAGUGAUUAAUAAAAAGUAGAUUGGAAUAAAAA